UCUACACAUACUGUAUAUAUAUAGAGAGAGUAAGAGAGAAAUAUAUAUAGAGAGAGAGAGGGGACCAAACCCUAGGGCAAUCAAUUUAGGGUUUCGGAGAUUUGACGGUCAUGACGGGGAAGGCGAAGCCAAAGAAGCACACGGCGAAGGAGAUUGCGGCGAAAGUGGACGCCGCCACCACCAAUCGCGGCGGAGGAAAGGCCGGCCUGGCCGAUCGCUCCGGCCAGGAGAAAGGCGGCCACGCCAAGCUGGAGUGCCCUCUCUGCAAGAUAACCGCGCCGGAUCUCAAAACGAUGCAGAUCCACCACGAUUCCCGCCAUCCUAAAAUCCCCUUCGACGAAUCCAAGCUCAAUAACCUCCACGCCGGCCACGCCGCCGAAUCCUCAAAGCCUAAACCCGGCGUCCGCGGCAGCCUCAAAAAGUAAAUUACUUAAAUACCCUCCCGUACCCUGCACCGCCAUAUUUCAUAUAAACAUACAUAGAUACCUAUAUAUAUAUACGCAUUUUCCUGCAAGUGUAUUGAUAUCUUGUAAUGAACUAUGGAACAGUAAAAGCUUGUUCUGCCAUAGCCUAACUUUCUGAAAAUCUAGCAAAUUCUUACAAUAAACUCUUGUAUGAAUUUGCAUCGAUAAAUUCAACAUAUGAUCAAAGGUUGCUGUGUAGUUCUAACAAAUUCUAACAUACGAUCAAUCGAAUGCAAUUUGCUUUGAUAGUUUUA